CCCGCGGGGUGUCGGGCGCAGACGGAGCGGAGGCGCCAUUUUGCGCUGCUGCGGGAGACGGUUGGGGAGGCGGUGGCGGGAGGGAGGUGGCAGCGAUACCGGUAGCGAUAAUAAUAAUAGCGGCAGGGAUAACAAUAGCAGUAGCGGGUACUGUUGCUGCUCGGGACUAGCGUCCCCCGUUCGCCCAGCCCCGUUGCCAGGACUCUGCCGAUAUGAGCGACGUGGAGGAGAACAACUUCGAGGGAAGGGAGUCUCGCUCCCAGUCAAAAUCUCCAGCUGGGAGUCCUGCUCGUGUAAAAUCGGAGAGCAGGUCAGGAUCUCGCAGUCCAUCGAGGGCUUCCAAACAUUCUGAAUCGCACUCUAGGUCGAGAUCAAAAUCAAGAUCCAGGUCCAGAAGACAUUCGCACAGACGUUACACUCGUUCCAGAUCCCAUUCCCAUUCUCAUUCCCAUAGGAGACGUUCUCGAAGCAGAUCAUACACACCAGAAUACCGCCGUCGAAGGAGCCGUAGUCAUUCUCCAAUGUCCAACAGGAGAAGGCACACUGGCAGCAGAGCUAAUCCAGAUCCUAAUACAUGUCUUGGAGUAUUUGGUCUCAGUUUGUAUACUACUGAGAGAGAUUUGCGUGAAGUCUUCUCCCGUUACGGACCUCUGACUGGUGUCAAUGUCGUUUAUGAUCAACGGACUGGACGAUCAAGAGGAUUUGCUUUUGUUUAUUUUGAGAGAAUUGAUGAUUCUAAAGAGGCAAUGGAGCACGCAAAUGGCAUGGAGCUGGAUGGCAGAAGGAUUCGAGUUGAUUACUCAAUCACCAAGAGAGCACAUACACCCACCCCAGGCAUCUACAUGGGCCGGCCAACACACAGUGGAGGUGGUGGUGGUGGUGGAGCAGGGCGUCGCCGUGACUCAUAUUAUGAUAGGGGCUAUGACAGAGGCUAUGACAGAUAUGAAGAAUAUGACUACAGAUACAGGAGACGAUCACCAUCACCUUAUUAUAGUCGAUACCGAUCGCGAUCGAGAUCCCGUUCCUAUAGUCCAAGGCGCUACUGAAGAUCAGAAGAAUUACAGUUGAGGGCAUGGUUUUUAAAUACAAAGUUUGGAUCUCCCUACUGCUUUCCCUCCUAUCCCUCCCUUCCUUGUCCUCCAUCCAGCUCUUUUACAAAUCUUGGGUUUAUUUAGAAUAUACAUAUUUCAGUUGAAGUAUUUCCUGUUUUCCAUCCUUCCUUAUUGUAAUACUCUUAAAUAUUGUAAUUGUUGUAGUUUUUGUGUAGUAAACCAUCUUAAGUAAAAUUAGAGAACCCAAAGUGCUGAUACGUUUUGAAAAUUAUUCCUCUUUUGUUUCAAAACAAUUGGAUUCUUGACUAAUUGGAAGACAACAUUAAUACUUUUAAAGCUUGCAUGUCACAUGUAAUAUACACACUCAGAUAUAUUAAUAUAAACCUGGAUUUCCAAGUAAGUUGUUAAUCUUUAUGUUAAAAUGUUUACCUAUUCCUUUGAUAAACAAGUAACCACUUUGAGCCUUUUCUGUAAUUGCAAAUUUACUUAGUCAUGAACCAGAGGAUUAUUUUGGUUUUGUUUUUGUUUUUUUGUCAGGUAGUUGCUUUGAGUGUAGCCUAUUUGAGCUAGAGCAAAAUUUGGUAUUUGACUGGGAAAAAUAGAUCUGGAUUUGUUUCUGGAUUGCUACGCAGUGGAUAAAAUUUGAAGUUAAAGAUGUAAAAAUUUUGGGGUUUUUAUCGUACUUGUUUGAAUAUUUCCCCUUAAUUGUUGCGGAGAAAAAUGUAUUUAUUGAACAUAGCAAUUAGUUAUAUAAUUCGCUGUUCAUUUAAACAACAUAAUAUAAAAAACCCACCAACUUUUUGGUAUGCAAUAAUGAUUGAGCAAGUUUUUUUUCCAGUCCUUUUGGAGUUUUGAAAGAAUGGAUGGAAAACCCUACAACUAUGUGUAAACCUUUUUUUUUCCCUCCUCAAUAAAAGUUAAUUCAAUUGA